AGCCCUAACGAUAGGGCUUAGCGCCGCCAGCACAUCCCUUCCCUGACCGCCCCGCCUCUUUGGUGCGACGAAACGCCAGUCGACACCCGAAACCAGCGACGACAUACGGCGUCUUGACACAGUUUUAUGCACCGAUCUCCACGCCGUUACAGUCGCGGUCAUCCUUGGCCACAAAUUGCGUGUCGUUCGCUUAGAGUCCAACACAGCCCCUCGCAAGCCUGCCAUCCCCCUGCGCCCGUACUCUCCGGAUGUCAAACCAACCCAGUCUCUUUCACACACCAGGAGCGAAACUAAUGCUGCUAGAGUGUUGCGUCUGUAGGGAACAUAGAAGUGCUUGAAACAUCGCGGCGCAUGAUAAGGAAGGUAGGUCCCCUCGUUUCGUGAAUUGUGACACCUGUACCAUCAGUUCAACAGUUCCAUCAACAAGCCGGUCUUGUAUCCUCUGAUUUUUUCAUGAUGUCUUCCUCAACAACUGCCCCGUUACCAUCAUAUCCCGGAACCAUACUCCCCAUACAUGGCCAUCCGGCUUGGAAGCAUCUAUCUGGUACCACAAUGGACAAAGCAAAUCUGAAGGAGCCGGUCGUUCAGCCUAAGCCUGCUGUUCAAGCAAAGGCGAACGAGGUCGCUGCAGCUUUGAAGGAUAACGCAGUAAAGAAGCUGGUCGCAAGGACCGUAGUCGUCAAGGAUGUGGCCACCAAGGAAGACGUCGUAUAUUUACCAAUCAGCAACACCACAUUGAACAGAUUCGCGGACAUCACUACAACCACAAAACGGGCUUCUUACGCAACAACAACAAAAGCAGAGCUCAGGCAGUCCAACCAACAGAUGUUCGAGAUGCUCCAGACCCUGCAAACCGAGCUCGCUACACAUCGCACCCUCAUGCUCGACAUACAGUCACGACUAUCGUUUCUGGAACAAGACGCCCCAACUAUGGUAGAUCUAUCUGCUUCUGAAGCUUUGUCAUCCCCAUUAGACGAGCCUAAAGCUCCUUCAAGGCCCCCUCCCCCGCCACCGCGACGCCCUAGCUCGCUCAUUGAACCUGGUCUAGAACGCCAGAGUUGGUGGCAGGCCUGUCAAAACUUCGCGGAGAACUGCGAUACUCCUUUUAAUGUGAAGGAGUUCAUCACCACUCCUAGCCGCUUUGAAGACUUCGACUUCCACUUUGGCGGUCUUCCCACAGAUGGAGUACGGCCACAAACACCUGUUGAGAUUGAUAUUGAGAACGUCCCCGCUCUCUCUCCGGAAUCAGCGGCCAACGACUCCGACGUCAGCGACAUCGAGGUUGAAGAACCUUUUUCCCUCUCACCUGAGGCAGGUCGUCCAUCAUCUGAAGACGCGGAGUCCUUAUCUCCUAGCAUCUUCUCUGAAGGAGCGCCCCGGACAUCUGGACUUACCAUGACCGACUGCGAGGAUAUCGACAACAUUAUCGAACAGAUCGUAGAGUUCCGAAAGCCUGCUGCACUCCCACCGCUGUUGCUCCACCCUCCUCCCAGUGGCAGGGACGCUUCUAUCUUUAGCGUUGAAGAGAUCACAGCACUACCGGACCUGCCUCCGGCUGCUGAGAUUAACGACGAUCCUCAGCGCCAUCGCAAGGGCAUCCGAGCCAUCUCAUCAAAGUGGGCGUCGCUGAAAGGGCGAUCCGCCGAGACGAGUUACUACCGCAACGGUAUUUUCAGCAUGCGAUGAACCACGACAUUAGACCGAAAUGAUUUUACGACCGGAGUUGCCACGAAUUUUGCGUUCGCAUAUGCGUUUUACGAAUUGCUUUGUCUUGCAAUUUUGCGUGCUAUCCGCAUCAUGUUUUAUUCUUUUACCACCUUCUGCAAGCUAGCUACAGCCAUAUACCCAAUGUUCAAAAUGCAGAAUCACUUCAAA